UAGCAAUGAUUCAUCACACUAACAAACCGUGUUAUGCAGGUUAUGAGCAGCGUGCUUGUUUCUUAUUGUUGCAUUCGUUGUUGAUUCACCGUUGUGAAAUAAGCUGUAACUAGUAAAAUUUAAGUUUAAUCGUUAAAUCCGUACAAAUUUCUAAAAUGGCUCUCCGUGUGCAAUUCGAGAACAACAAUGAAAUCGGCGUAUUCUCUAAACUCACAAAUUCAUAUUGUUUAGUAAGCAUUGGAGGCUCUGAAAACUUCUACAGCACUUUCGAAAGUGAACUUUCAGAAAAUAUUCCAGUUGUGCAUGCAUCUCUGGCUGGAUGCCGUAUUAUAGGCAGAAUGUGUGUGGGCAAUAAGCAUGGCCUCCUCGUGCCCAACUCCACAUUUGACACAGAAUUGCAACACAUUAGGAAUGCGCUUCCAGACACUGUAAAGGUCCAGAGGAUAGAAGAGAGGCUUUCUGCUCUCGGCAAUGUUAUUGCCUGCAAUGACUAUGUGGCUUUGGUCCAUCCAGAAUUAGAUAGGGAAACUGAAGAGAUUAUUGCUGAUGUAUUGAAGGUAGAAGUAUUCAGACAAACCAUUGCCAGCAAUGUGCUGGUGGGAUCUUACUGUGUAUUGAGCAAUCAAGGAGGAUUGGUUCAUCCACAAACUAGUAUAGCUAAUCAAGAAGAGUUAUCUUCACUUCUUCAAGUACCUUUGGUGGCUGGAACUGUAAACAGAGGCAGCGAAGUUGUUUCAGCUGGAAUGGUCGUAAACGAUUGGUGCGCUUUCAGCGGCAUGGACACCACUUCCACAGAGCUUCAGGUGAUAGAAUCAAUCUUCAAACUGAACGAAAACGCGCCAUCUUCUAUAACCAGCUCGAUGAGGGCGAGUCUUAUUGAAAGCAUGUCGUAAAUGAAAUUAAUAAUCAAAGGAAAACGAGAAACGAAAAAAACUCUUGGAUGGAUUCAAAUAUAAGACAUAUGGUUUUAUGUAAAUACGUUAUGCUUAAAUAUAUUUUUUUUCAUAUCCA